GUCAUCUUCCCAGCGGACACGCAGCCCGUGACACUUUUCUUGCGGAUACACGACACUUAGCAAGUGCGCCUCCCCCCCCCUUCUCUGAAGAAAUCAAUUCUAGCACACCAUGGCGGACACAGUCGAGGAGAGCAAGCAAUCCAUGUCCGGAGAGGGACAGGCUGAUGCCAACGCCUCUGUGGGCGGAAAGGGCAGUGCGGAAUCAUCGAGUAAGAAAACCGAAAGGAAAACGCCGAAGAAGCUGGGCGGAAAGAAACCUCAACAGCAGCCCACUCCUGACGCCACUCCUGCCCCUGAUAGCGAUGGCGAAGGGAACGCUGAGCAAGAGGACGCAGGAUCCAAGAAGCAGACCAACGGCGGCGACGCCGACUAUGACUCGGACGAGCCCCAGCCAGAGAAAUCAAAGUCGCAAUCGAGACGCCGCCAGUCGCGUGGCCGUGGCCGACGAGGCGCAGACUCUGGCGCUGACUCUGAUGCGCGAUCCGACGUCUCGCAGUCUGGAGGCCGCCGCAACCGCCAGCGCCAGAAGAAGGGCGGAAAGGGCGGCGGCCCGCUUGGCGACAUAUCUGAAAACGUUCCUGGAGGAGACCUCGUCGGCGGCGCGGGCGACAUGGUCCAAGACACUGCUGGCAAGGCCGUGGGCCAAGUGGGCAACACGGCCGGCAAGGCUCUCGGGGGCCUGACUGGCGGCGGUGGUGGUGAAGACGAGGGCGGCAAGGACGGCGGAGAGCAGCUGAGGCUGCGAUUGGAACUCAACCUCGACAUUGAGAUCCAGCUCAAGGCCAAGAUUCACGGUGACCUUACUCUCGGAUUGCUCAACUAAAUCGCUAUUUAUGAGCUCUCUCUCUCACACACACACAGACGUUAUGUAUUGGCUAUUGUAAUUGGACAUUUCAAAGGGCGUUUUGACCUGGAGUUUUUCGCACACAGUGUAAUUGUACCUAUUCGCCUUGUAUACGAGUACUAGUACUACACGCUAGCUGCAUGAAUUGUAUAUCCUCUGUUUUCCUCAUUACUGGAAAAAAAAGAAUCUGUUUUGCUUUGUUUGCAUGUCAAAUUUGUUCUUUGUCGUGUAUCUACACCUACAGUAGGCGUUAACGUGCGUUUACCUUUUCUCUCUCUGUCUGUCUGUCUGUCUGUCUGUCUGUCUUCGC